AUGUCCACAACGAUUCGUUUACGGCUCGUCAUCCGCAGACAUGCAGUCCCCGAAGUCAAGCUCGUAUGGCCCUGCGUCGCAAACGACGAUUUGACUGUAGCUAGACUCCUCGCGCUGGUCAACGAGGUAGUGCCGCUCGAGAGUGGCGACUGGGGCCUUGAGGACUAUGUUGUCGAGCUGUAUGAUGGCAAGGGCGAUAGUUUCGAGCUGCUACAUUUCCAGCCCGUUGGCAAAGUUUUGAAGGAGGAUGACCAAGUUUUAAUAAGAUCACUUUCUACCGAUGAUCUACGACGACGAAAACUCAGCGGCCGACACCAAAUAUCUGACGAUGGAAAGCAUCUUAUUGAUGGGCUUGCAUUUGGAAGGCCGUGGUUAAGGGCACCACGCGAUCGUCCAGCGCUUGACCUACCCCCUCGAAAACGAGCACGUAUCACGCACGAAGAAGAGCUUGACGAAGAUGACAAUGAUGGUUCAUAUGUGGACGAAGAAGACCAGUCGGAGCAGCUCUUGCUCGAAGACUCUGAAGCCCCUGAAAUGGAGGAACCAGGCAGUGUUCGUUUGAGAGUACGAUUUAUGGACAGCGAUCAACUCGAAGAAGAGAACGAGGAUGAAGACAUUGACGACGAAACCGAUUACCAACCUAUAGAAGAAGUCCACGCAGAGCCUGCGGUCGACGAGGAGGACGAAGACGACGCUCAGAGUAGCGACGAGGACGACUUGGAUGCGGAUCUUUCUGACGAGCUGAGACUUCUACAAGAAGACAAUGCCAUAGUCGAGCAAACGCCUGCCAAGGAACAGGAAACUCUUUCGGGAGACGACAGCCAAGAUCCACAAGUACUUUUGCCUACGCAGGGAUUUGACGUUUCGUGGCUCGAUAAGAUCACUGCUCUGCGAGCUGCAUUUCCGCUGACACCAGUGUCCACGCUACAAGACGAGAUGAACCGAAACAAAGAUCUGCGAAAAACGUACGAAAAACUAUCCGAAGCCAACAAACCCGUGAUCAGCUACGAUGAAGCCCUUGAACGAGUCCUUCUUGGUCCUGGGUUCUCAGAUGCGCUGUCGCUCGAUCAGCCUGCCGAUGAGGAAGAAGACCCAGAGGAUCGAGUAUUGCUCCUCCCUGGUCAGACGGAACCUAAGGACGCAACGCGCCCACUGAUUCAGGAGGUUGAGGAAGAACCAGCGCCUGCCAGUACGCCACGCGUGUCGCAGAGUCAAACAUCAAGACCUCUGAUUAGUGAAGUCCCUAAUGAGGAGGAAGAUACCUCGAGCUCUAGCAGUAGUUCAGAUUCUGAUUCCGAUUCUGAUUCUGAUUCUGACGCUGACUCCGAUGUGGACAUGGAAGAGAGAUCGGAUUCAGAAUCGAACAGCGACUCGGACGAUUCGGAUGAUGAUUCUAGUGAUGACUCUGAUUUCCCGGCCCCGACACCUUCGCGGCCAACCAAAACCACCCAAGAAGACUCUGAAGAUUCCGACUCGAGUGACUUCGACUCGGAUUCAGAUUCAAGUUCCGAUUCAAGCGGCGCUGAGGCUACCAAAGGCGCCGCUGAAAGUGACUCGGAUGACAGCAGCGACAGUUCAAGCGACUCAGACUCCAGCUCAAGUGAAACCGAUUCGGAGUCAGAGCCUGAGGAGAUUUCAUCAAAAAAGCAGCCUCAAACGAAGCGGCCGCCCCCGCAACCUCCGGCGAACGCUGAGCCCAAGACCAAUGGCCAAACUGGCAAAGCAGCGUCAGAACCCUCUGAAGGGCCGAAACCGCCUGGAACUGGGAUGGCGAGGACGCAAAAGAGGAAUGCCCGAAAACGAGAUGCCAAGAGACUCAAGGCUAUGCAGGCCCUAGAGGAUACACAAUCUCAGCCGUCUAUCAAUGGCACUGCAAGCGAGGAAGCUGAGCUUCUGGCUAGAAAGCGGGCACUUCUCAGUGCCGUGAGUGAUGAGCAAGAGGAUGACCCAAGCCCACCCAAAAAUGCAACAAACAAGGAGACCAGACCUAUGAUAGUUGAAGUCGAAGUCGAAGAGGAAACAUCAGCCGCCACUACGAGCCAAGACGUAGCACCAGUCGAAGAAGAGCCUGUCCCUGCUCAGCGCCGCCACAAAGUCGACAUGGGAGCCGGACGACGACUUCUCCUCGGUGCUCUUGGAUUAAAGAACCCAAAGACCAAAGCAGAUGAAGACAAGCUUCGCGACAGUCUGAUGAAGAAUGUGAAGCCUCUGCAAAACCCUCGAGUCCAAGCUCAAGAAGCCAAGGCCAACGAUGACAAGCCAGCAGAAGAGCAACCGGAUGAAGACCCUGAAGCAUGGCGAAAGAAGCUCUCUUACCGAGCUGUCGAAUGCUGUCAUGAUGAUGUUGUGUUGAGUGAGCCACCAUUCCCAUUCGUGCAGCGAUGGGACCCUCAACAACAAUAUGGAUCAAUGAGGAAGCGAAAGAGAGCAUCACAGAAUUUCAACGAUGAUAGCUACUACGAAGAGGAUUCUCAGCAAUGGAACGGCGAUGAAGAGUGGAACGACAACAGUCAAAGGAAGAAGCGAAAGAACAAGAGUGGCUAUGAUGGAGAAUACGACGAAGAGGAGCCCCAUGAGGGUUCUUUUGGUGGCACAGGAGCUGACGGUGAUGAAGACAUUGUGUUGAAUUAUGAUGACAUCCCAACCAAGCAUCGCCCUGAAGAGAGUCAGUUUACAGACACAGAUGAUCUCCCUUCGCUGCCUUCAGAUGUCAGUACGCUGCCCAGUCUUGUGCUGUCCGACAUGAAACCAGGAAUGGUUGCCACCUGGAAGCAGUUAGUUAUGUCCAAGGCGACUAACUGGCAGCCCGAAAUGGUGCCCAUGACCGGGCUUAUCCUUUCGAUCAGCGAGGAGAACUGCAUGCAUGUCCUUCUAGCGAUGAGGGACCGAGACGGAAACGACAAGGAAUACGAUGAGCACACAGGCCAACGGAUUUAUGCAAAGUUCGAAGCACCAGACCUUGAUGAAGACGAAGAGGACGACGGCCGAAGGGAGAUUCCGUGGGCAGAAAUGUCCGACCCAAGACUGGUCCAACCAGCACCGCCACCUGCUAUGCUGGAAACUUCUGCUAAGAGCAUCAAGCUUCAAGCCGAACAGAACAAAACCGUACAGAAUGGAAAUUCCACGUCGGACAACAAGGUUAGCGCGAAAACAGAUCCCAAUGAGACUAUGGCUGAGGAGUUAGAUACACAGAAAGUGAGAGCCGAGGUUGAGGCCGAUUUGAGGGGACAGGAAACUGAAGAAAAACCCUCAGGAACUGACAAAUCGACAUCGAUCCCUUCUGGCCAGCAACCUCCGCGACUUGAAUUUCCGCCGUCCGGAAACGACAGUCCGAUCAGCAGCUUUGUUCAGCCUGCUGGGCUGUUGAGGAAAUUUGACAGUCCUCUCCACCAACUCCAGGAAACUAUGCAAGCAUCCAUGUCCCAGUUGCAAUCCCUUUUGUCGCGUGAUUCAGAUAAGGGUAAAACAGAUAAUGAGGAGGAGAAAACAGGUAUUGAUGAGUCGGAUAGAGCGAAAGAUGCAAAGGAGUCUGAAGGAGAGCCGGUACCGACAGUUGAAGGUAGCUGGGACGCAGUUAUUCCUGAUACUAUACCGUCGCCAGAACUGCCACCACUGCCGACAAAGGACGACGCACUUGUUGAUCAUCGUCUGUUAGUGGUGCCCUCAUCUGCGGGUAGCGUUCGCAGUGGGCGACAACCCCCAUCAGUUAGCGGCCUUGACGACCUUCCAGAGGAGCGAAUUGAAGAAUCAGUCGAAGGGGGCAUAGUUGAUGAUUUCCACGGGAGAAGCGCCAGCCCACAGGUGACGAACGAGUCCCGCCCAAGAAGUAGCAGUCCCUUUCCCUCACUGGAGGAAAUAUUUCAUACAGCAAGGCAAACACAAAGUCCUUUUAAAUUCAGUCAGAUGUCAGUGCCCCAGUUUAUUAAGUCCGAAAAGAAAGAUGGGGAUUACGAAGAGGCGAUGCGAAAGCUGGAUGAGGGCGAGGAGUCUGAUCGUUCACCUGAUCGCAACAAAUCUUUACGGAGCCUAUUACCAAAUGCGACACAGCCUGAAUCUCAAAAGGGGAGCCCCCUGGUACGCUCGAUUAAGAGCGAGGGGUCCAAGCCUGAAGCAUCUGAACCUGGACAUGCUGCGACACCACCGGCAUCUCAGAAAGUGAAGCAAGAAUCACAGUUCGCCAUCCCAGAGGGCAGCCAGGUUAUCGAACUGAGCUCUAGUCCAGCAUCAGUCCAAUAUGCCGAGGACUAUGCCCAAGACAGCGAGGACGAGACUUAUCAGGAUACUCCACUGCCACAGGGUUCAGGUUGGGUGCAGAAGAAACACAGCGAAGUGAACACGCGAAGUCGAGGAAAGAGUCUACCCGCGGCGGAGGCGAAGAAGACAACAACCGUACAAAGCCGAACUACACGUGGACAGACAUCUGCUCCAGUGGCUCGAGGGGUGUCGACGAGUGCUUAUAGUCAGAUCAAGGGCCGUAGGAAGACCACACGAAAGUUCUGA